GAGACACUAAAUAUAGGAAUCUACACUUUCCAAAAAGAGAUGGGAAAGGCAAAGCCAGUUCCAUCCCCGGCUUCUGUAGCAGCAUCUUCUUUCUAGUUCACAAGAAUUUCAACGAUGUAGAAGUGCAGGGACAAGCUUAAUUGAGAAUCAACCAAAAAACAAUUAGAAAUGGCUUGCUUUUGGAGAAGUGGACAGCUCAUGUUCACAUUUUGAUAAAAAGUUUAUGAAUAUCUUCCUGCUUUUACUUAUUAAUUAAAUAGAGUAACAUUGAUCAAUCCACAUUCUUUCACUAACUUGUGCAACUAGUGAAGUGACUUGGCCUAGUGCUUACUUAUGCUCUGCUGACUUUACUUACUGAGCAAAGCUAGUUUAUAACUUACAAAUAAUGUCUAUGACAUGUCAAAAAUGUCAACAGCAACUGCCACUGCCAGCACAAAGUAAACUAUUUCGUUGCCAUUGUGGCAAUCUGAUUCCUCUAGGCAAUAGUGACAGUUCACUGCCAGUCCAAGAACAUGGUAGAUUCAGUUCUAAAAUGAGAAGAUUCAGAGAUAAAAUUAGGAGAAACAGUUCGAGAACGAACAGUCUAUCGCGUUCUCCAAGUACUAGUCCACGUUUGUCUCUUAUUUUCACAAAGCCACCACCAAGUGGGAAGCGUGCACUUCUUUGUGGGGUGUCUUACAAGAAGGAGAAAUUCAGGCUUAGAGGAACUCUGCAUGAUGUAAACAGCAUGAGGAACUUGCUGGUUCAAAAAUUUAGCUUUUCAGAGGAAUCCAUUCUCAUUCUAGCAGAAGAAGCAGCAUAUAAACCUCCAACUAGGAGAAACAUCCUAGAGGCUUUCAAGUGGCUAAUGACAGACCUUAAAUCGGGUGACUCGUUGGUGUUCUACUUCUCAGGACACGGCUUACGACAACCUGAUUUUAUUGAAGAUGAGCUAGAUGGUUUUGAUGAAACGAUCUGUCCUCUCGACUUUAGGACUAAAGGCAUGAUCCUUGAUAAUGCCAUCAAUGAUAUUCUUGUUAAACCACUAACUCCAGGUGUUACACUUCAUGCUAUCAUCGACUCUUGUCAUAGUGGAACUAUUCUCGAUUUACCUUGGGUAUACAACAGAGAGAAAAGGUGGGAUGAUAACAGACCCCCAUCCAGAACUAAUAAGGGUACGAGUGGUGGAAGGGCCAUCGGUUUCAGUGCUUGCAGGGAUAAUCAACUAGCUGCAGAUACCUCUGCUUUCUCUCCAGAAAAAACGAUGAUGGGCGCUAUGACUUACACAUUUAUAAAAGCUCUCAAGGAAAACGCAAAUAUAACAUACCAAGAAUUACUUGAUUAUAUGCACAACGAAAUCGAAAAGGUUGACAAAGCUAGAUGUCCACUGCUGAAGGUAUUCCAACGCAAGAUAGACCAGGAACCGGUAUUAUCAUCUUCUGAAAAAUUUGACACUAACACAAAGUUCAAGCUCUAAGUCUACAGCAGAAAGAUGAAUUUGAACCUAGAUGUUUCCAGUUCCAUCAUAAAAGGAGGGUGCUGCUUGUUUCAUAUUUGUCUUUUAUAUUGCUUCCAUUUUUUUACUCUUUAUCUUUUUUCGGUAAGGCAAUCCAAAGAUUUGCAUCAAAAUUCUCUCUUUUGCAUUUUCUGUGCUGAUUCUGACUCUAUAAUAUGUAUCUGUGUCUCUGAGUUAAUAAUUGAUAGUUUUCAAAUAAAGAACUCUGUUCUGAUGG